AUGGAUUGCUACUCUUCUUUUCAACAAGCCGAAACAUCUGACAAUGCCUUGGAAUGCGUCGACAAAGCCGGAAUCCACGAAGCUUGGGGUGAGAUCUCUACCCGGCGAUCAUCUGUCUCCGGCGGCGAGAGCUGGAAGAAACUGGAGAGGAAGAAGAGCCAGGUGUUAGUGGAGGGCUACGUGGAGACUCUUGCCACGUUCGAUAACCAAGACGAUCUCACGAGAUCCAAGAGCUUGACCGAUGACGACCUCGAAGAUCUCAAGGGCUGUCUAGAUCUAGGGUUCGGUUUCAGCUACGACGAGAUCCCGGAGCUCUGCAACACUCUGCCUGCUUUAGAGCUAUGCUAUUCCAUGAGCCAGAGAUUCCUAGACGAUAAGCAGAGCAAUACCAACAGGUCACCGGAAAGUUCGUCGGUGGACGAUUCUCCCUCGCCUCCGGUUGCCAAUUGGAAGAUAUCUAGCCCCGGUGAUAAUCCGGAUGAUGUGAAAGCUAGGCUCAAGUACUGGGCACAAGCCGUUGCCUGUACUAGCAUUCAUUUCACGUUAUUGACUGGUCAUGGACCUACUGAGAGAAGACUGGUUUACACUAAUGAAUGCCAAAGGUCCAAAAACGGAGGCACUUUGCAUCUAAAAUCUGUCAAUGUCGUGGCAGAAGCCAACACGUACAUCAAUUGCGUGAAUAGAGGCUAUUUGUUAACCCUAACCCUAAAUAGUAUAACUGGCGCGCGUAUAAAAACUAGCCUUUCUAUCAAACUCGUCGCGCUCUCAUCCGCAUCCCAGUUAAAGACAGCAGUCAUCUGGGACAUAGACGAAUGCAAGCUCCCUGAUGGUAAAAGUUAUGUUGAUGUUGCGGAGAAUAUUAAAAAAUCUCUUGGAGACUGCGGCCUUACUGGUAGGACCUCAAUGAUGGCUUAUGGAGAUGCGAGCCUGGUCAAGGAAGAGCUACUUGCCGCUGGAAUCAAUCCCAUUGUCGAUCCCAACUCAGAAGACAGAGCAGAAGCAAGGCCAUGUCUUCUAAGAGUCUUAAUGAACUGGGAGUUUGAACACCUUCAUGAGCGAUGGAAUGUGUUGCUCAUAUUGGGAAAGGUAGAGAUCCCACAAAUAUAUGUCGUGGCUAGGUUUCUUUUCAAGUUGAAGAAUAGGCAAUACAACAUUCUCAUAGCACAGGCUCCUUCCACCACAACAGGACCGCUACUUGAUGUUGGAGAAAGAGUAUGGGAUUGGCCCACCCUCGCGGAUGGUGGAUCCCCUAUCUCCCGAUCCGACAAAUAUCUGCGUUCCGAAGCAGAUGAUGAAUUUGCCAGAUAUCUUGCUCUGCCUUUAUGAUGGGGAAGUGUAUUGCUGUUUUUUUUUUAAUGUUGAUUAUCUGUUUUCCAUAAUCGCAGAGAUUAAUACUUUUAUUACUCAUCUGCAUAAUUUGUCUUCCAUAGUCCCCUUAAAAUGCAUUACUGUUAUUGUGUCAUUGCGUUAUGCUCUAGUAAUCCCUCUCUGUUAUUGUUAUUUGCAUCUCGUCAUCUCUUAUGACCCUGUAUCUUUUCGAGCACAGAGACAUCAUGUCGAGCAAUAUAUUGAUCGAUGAUAGAUUUCAACGCAAAGGUUUCUGAUUUUUGGCCUUGCCAAGUUGCUUGGAGAUGGGAAAGGCCAUGUGACCACUAGAGUGAUGGGAACGUUUGUGUAUGUUGCUCCUGAAUACAGGACUUUUGAUUGAAAAGAGACACGUGCACAGCUUUGGUGUUUUGGUCUUAGAAGCAAUAACCGGGAAAAGAUCCUGUGGUACGGGUUCAGCUCGAGCUAGAAUUGCAGCCCCAAAGUUCCGGUACUUCAUUAAACCGAAUUUCAAAGAAUAAACCCAAGAUUUCACAAGAGGAUUGUGACUUCUCUUUCUCGAUUUACACAAACUCAAAAGGUAGAUUGGUUCGGUCAAAUCUCGUUUUAGAAUCCCACUUUCGUUUCCUAAGUAUAUAUGUACUGCCAAUAAAGUUAUGAAGAUUUCUUUCUCAA